AUGUGUAAGUCCACAGGCGAAAUGAAGCUCGUAUUACUGUUGGGGCUCUUGGCUAUUGUUGUGGUUGGUCAAUAUCCGCGUGCCUGCCCACGUAUGCCCUCUCCAGUCUGUGGGACUUACUCCAACGGAACAAACUCUACCUUCCCCAACUUUUGUGUCUUCUCCAACCAGCAGCUUAAAGACCCAGGUCUUACAUAUGUUGGAGAAGGUGCCUGUGCGGCAGCUAAGAAGAAGAAGCAACCACGUCAAGACUUCAGACUACGUGCUGUUAUUUUUUGACGAUAAAAAGAGGAUAGCUGCUAUUAAUAUUUUGCUUACCUCUGCACUGUAGUCACUGAUAUCAUUGCAUAUAUAAUGUGCAUCUCCUAAUAUAUUAUG